AUGUCGCUGGAAACUCGCGAGAUCCAGGACGAGGAGCCCCGGAGUUUCAAGGACGAGGCGCUGGACCAAACGCGCCUGGCGCUGCCCAUUUGCGCCGGACUGCUGUCGACGCAGGUGGUGAACCUCGUCUCCACGGUGCUCGUGGGACGCCUGGGCGCCCGCGACCUCGCUGCGGCCAGCCUGGCGGUGAGCCUGGCGAACGUCUCCGGCUACAGCGUCAUCGUGGGGGUGGCCAGCACCCUGCAGACCACGGCAGGGCAAGCUUUUGGCGCUCGGAACUUCGAAGAAGUCUCCUUGAGCUUGCAGCGCUGCAUGCUGCUGUGUGCGGUUUUCCUUUGCAUCGUCGCGGCCUUGUGGUUCAACAGCCACUCCCUGCUGCUUCUGGGCGGCCAGGAGGAAGCGAUUGCGGCCAUGGCGGCACAGUAUUUGCACAUUUUGCUUCCAGGGCUGUGCUGUUUCGUGGUCACCCAGUGCCUCCAGAACUGGCUGGCGGGGCAGCGUGUGACCGGUGUGCAGGGCAGCAGCGGCUUCGUCUUGGCGGUGGUCCAUUUACCGCUCUGCUGGCUGCUGGUGCAGCAGAUGGGCUAUUUGGGGGCGGCAGUGGCCACCUCCAUGGGGAACUGUUUGCGGCUGAUCUGGGUGAUCUACAAGACCCGCCGGGCGCUGCGAGACUUGAGUCAGUCCUGGCAGGGCUGGUCCAGGAAGGCCUUGCAAGGCUGGCCCAGCUUCCUUCGCUUGGCCUUGCCCAACUUCCUGAUGAUCUCGGAGUGGUGGGCAGCCGAGAUCAUCGUGCUUCUGGCGGGCACGUUGCCCAAUGCCGAAGCGAACUUGACGGCGAUGGCCAUCUUCUCCAACACCUGUUCCCUUUGCUUCUACUUCCCCUGUGGCCUGGGCAUGGCCACCAACACCCGCGUGAGCAACGAGCUGGGCGCCGGACGCGCUCAUGGUGCGCGCGCAGCCAUGCGCGUGAGUAUGUUGCUGGGUUUGGGCUUGGUGAUGCUCACGUCCUUAGCGGUGCUCUUGGGCCGCCAUGGCUGGCUACGCCUCUUCACCGCGGACCGCGCGGUGGACGCCACCGCGGAGCCGGUGCUGCAGGUGGCCAGCGCCUACGUGGUCUUCGAUGGGCUCACCAUCGUGGUGAACGGCGCGCUGAAGGGCUGCGGCCGCCAAAUGAUCCAGGCGCCUAUCGUGGUGGCGUCCUACUACUUGUUGGGCCUCCCGAUCGCUUGGCUGUUGGCCUGGCCGGAGCACCUGGCCACCCUGGGCCUGGCGCUGGGCGCGCUCGUGGGCACGGCGGCCAACCUCUUGGGCUUCCUGUGGCUCAUUCUGGCCACCGAUUGGCACUUGAUGGUGCGCCGCGCGCAGGAGCGCGCCGGCGCGAAACCGCCAGCUGCCACACGUCGGGACCGCACACAUUCGCUCACGCAUCGGACUGAGUGGUCAACGCAGCAGCUCGACGGAUCACACCGACAGGGACAGGUGUUUCUCCCGGCAUUUUCUGCGCCCAUGGCGCUGUCACGGCUGUGCCUACGCGCGAGCCGCGGGAACUCGUGCUCACGGGUCUAUCGGGCCUUGCCACGGCCGGUGUAUGCAGGCACCUUGCCAGGCCACCUGCUUGUGCCGCGAGGCUCUUCCUCGCUGCCGGGCCCGGCGGCGGAUGCGGAGCCCAAGGCGCCUGAGAGCUGGCAGUUGAGGGCGCAUGCGCUGAAUUCGGCUGUCCCAAUGGUGGCCUUCGGGUUCAUGGACAACACCGUGAUGCUGCACGCGGGGAACGCCAUUGAUGCCACCUUAGGCGUGACCUUUGGUCUGUCCACCCUGGCGGCCGCCGCGUGUGGGCAGGUCUGCUCCGAUAUGGCCGGAGUGACCUUCGGCGGGGUGAUCGAGGCGUUGGCGUCAAAGGUGGGGCUCCCCUCGGCACAUCUCUCCGAGGAGCAGCUGGGGACAGGCGUGGUCAAGCGCGCCGCUCGGGCUGCAUCUCAAAACCGGGUGUGGAAGAAUGAUGGGAGGUUGGACCAAGAGGACUUCUUAAACAUGCAGAAUUGCAUCUUUAUGAGGACGAUUUUCUUCAAUCCUGAUCUUCUGCCGCUGACCCGACUGUGCCCUCAAGAGCGCCUUCCAACCCGCUCGGCUGUGGGGCCCACCGCGCUGCUUCGGUGUUUUCAACCCAUGGGGCGCUCGGUGGUUUUCGUGGGCAUCGCGGGUGCGAGCGGCUGUGGUAAGACCACCUUGGCGCGGAAGUUGGCGGAGGCCCUCCAGUCACCCUUGGAGGUCCUUCACCUAGACAACUACUUCCAGCCAAAGGGGCAGGGCCGCCCGCCGAAGCACUACUGGGAGACGCCUGACGGGGUGGACUUCGAGGCCUUGCGCAAGGAUUUGAAGAAGAUCCGGGAGACCUUCUCGCACCGAAAGUGGCCAAAGAAGCUGCGCCUGGGGCGGAAUGGGAAGGAUCUUCUGCGCUCAGAGAUUCCUGCAGGUGCUGACUGGAAGGCCGGCUUAGAGUCUCCCAUGGUGGUACUCGUGGAAGGGUUUCUCCUCUUCUAUGACGACCUUUUGGCAGAGAUGCUGGACUUGAAGAUUUGGAUCAAUGCCAGCUGUGGGACCUGCAUGCGGAGGCGUCACUUGAGAGGUUGGAACUCGCGGCACAUGGACUUGGGCGAGUAUGGCGAGUGGUUCGUCCGGGUGGUGUGGAGACAUUUCGAGUGGUACCAGCGCAAGCAGCUGCGGAAUGCGAAGGACGCGCUGCAGGUGCCAGGGGACGCAUCCGAAGAAGAGGUCUUUCACUACUCACUGUGGUGCUUGCCCUUUGACUGGAGCUGGUCGACCGACCCGGAGGGCACCUGA